AUGUUGGAAGCCAAGUUUGAAGAGGCCAGUUUAUUUAAGAGAAUCAUCGACGCUUUCAAGGACUGUGUGCAGCUCGUGAACUUCAACUGUUCCGAACACGGGAUCGCCGCGCAGGCGGUGGACGAUUCGCGUGUGCUGCUGGUGUCGCUAUCGAUCGGCACUGAAUCUUUCCAGGAGUUCAGAUGCGACAGAAGCGUGACUCUAGGUGUCGAUUUGUCGUCGUUGUCCAAGGUUCUGCGCUGUGGCAACAACAACGACAACCUGACGCUUAUCGCUGACGAUACGCCAGACUCCGUCCUGCUCCUUUUUGAGGACACCAAGAAAGACCGUAUCAGUGAGUACUCGCUAAAGCUUAUGGACAUUGACGCCGACUUUUUGGACAUCGAUGGUAUGGAGUACGACACCGUGAUCACAAUGCCCUCCGUAGAGUUCGCCAAGGUCGUCCGUGAUCUCAACCAGCUCAGCGACUCUCUCAACAUAUUGGUCACAAAGGAUACCGUCAAAUUCGUCGCUGAAGGUGACAUUGGAUCCGGUUCUGUGAUCGUCAAGCCUCACACCGAUAUGGACAAGCCUGAAGAUAGCGUCAAAGUUGAACUAGACAAGCCCGUCGACCUUACCUUCGGCUCUAAAUAUCUGCUGGAUAUCAUCAAGGGUGCCGGUCUGGCCUCACAAAUUACUAUCAAGCUCUCUGCUGAAACGCCAGCUUUAUUUGAAUUCAGUUUACAAAGUGGGUACUUGCAAUUCUUCCUUGCCCCUAAGUUCAAUGAGGAAGAAUGA